UGUGGUAAGGCCUUAAAUUGGGGGGACAUGAGUAAGGAUCACAGGCAAAGAGCCAGCAUCUCUGGACCUUGCCCUCGGCUGAGCGCAGAGGGCAUAAAGAAGACAUCAGGGGGCUGGGGAUUUAGCUCAGAGGUGCCUGCCUCCCAAGCGCAAGGUCCUGGUACCCCCAAAAAAGAAGACAUCAGGGGAAGUAGACACACUGGGGACACCUGUGUGGCUGGCAGUCCCAUUCCCUAGCCAUCUCCUUGGGCUUCCUCAGAGAGGAAGGACCUGGCCAUGCUGCCUGGUUCUCUAACACAUAAGGAGAACCCAAUGGCAGACUGGGCCCUGCUGCCCCUUAGCUUCCCAUCUACUUCUAGUAUGGCCCCCGAGCCUGGCCAGGAGUCUGAAGAGGAGCAGGUGCCACUAGCCCUGGCAGGAAGGGAGCCAGUUGGCAAUGACUCUGGACCUCCAGCCACCAUAUCUACAGACACCAUGGCUUCCUCAUGCUCUCGAAACACCAGGCCACCCUCCACAGGGGUGGGCUCCAUCAGCACAAAGUUGGCCCUGGAAGCCCUGGACCCCUGUACCCUACGAUUGCUGUGGGAGCAGCGAGAACUAGAGAUCCAGGCCCUGCGGUGGGCCAUCUGGCAGGGCCAGGAUGCCCGGCAGCAGCACAUCCUACAGGAGGUGGCAGGACUCCCACCUGAGAGGAGCUCCCACAGCCAGGACACAGUCCUGCAGAACCAGGUCCAGAAGCUGACUCUGGAGCUGAGAGCAAAGAAGGAGCAAGCCCAGCUGGAGAGGGAGUGCUUGGAGGCUCAGCUGGCGCAGACCAUGGACAAGCUGCAGCAACUGGAGGCUGAGCUGCAGGCCUUCCAGAAGUCCUGCCUCUUGCAUUUAGCCCAGUCCUCCUGGGUGGGCCGCAUCCUGCGAUCACAGACAGGCAGUGUGGAGGUGAUCACCGCAGAGACUCUAAUGGAGCCUGGGGACUUCUCUGAGGAUGAACAGAAACCCACUACUGGGGAGGGCUUCCGGCUGGAGGAUGUGGAUUGGAACAGCAUUGCUCAGCGGUACCCCAACCUCCUCACCAGCAUCCAUUCCAGCUCAGAGCAAAAGCAGCCCCAGCUGCCCUCAGGGCUGGACUCACCAGGCUCACCUGGCAAGCUUGUGGGGAAGCAGCACAAGAGCCUGGAGUGGAGCACUCUGUCCUGCAUGGGCACCAGCAGCUUGGGAGUUGCUGAGUCCGACUCCAGCAGCUGCCAGCUGGUUCUGCAUUCCCGGGUGCAGAAGGUGAUAGGGCACCCGCCACCAGCUGCAGACACUGUCUCUUCUGAGCAGAUGGAGGUGUUGGCAAAGAGCUUCAGUGGAGACUCUGAAGGGCUGCCUUCCCCAGAUCUCCGGAAAUGCAGUUCCCACCAGUUCGGCCAGAUCUCAAUGGAGCUGGGGGCGGCCGAGCAUGCACCGAGCCGGGCCUGUGGCAGUGGCAGCCUGCGGAUCGUGGCUGUGAGUCGCAGGGAGAAGUUCGUGCGCAUCCUCAACUGCUCCUCACAGGACACUGCGGACCUGGGUGGCUUGGUGCUGCAGCAGUGGGUGUGUGACUGCCCGGUGCGCAUGUUCCGCUUCCCUCGCGGCACAGUGCUGGAGCCAAGGCACCACCUCACGGUGUGGGGAGAAGGCACCGGCGGCGUCCAGCAGCAGCUGCCCUUGUGCUCCAGUCAGGACCCCCUCCAAUUCCACAUUGGCUGGGGCUGCGUGACGCUUCUCCUGGACACCGAGGGCCAGGUCCUCAGUGAGUACCAGGAGCCACUCCGCGUGACCUCAGGCUCCAGAAUCUUCACUGACAACACCGACUGGUCCAUUGACUGCUUCCCACUUCCCGAGGCUGGGGCCAGACCCAACCUGGGGGAGCUCCAGCGCAGACCUCGGCCCCCGAGGCAGGGCCGGGUACAGGAGGCCCGGGCUGGGCGCCGAAGGCAGGGGACACAGCGCCUCAUGCCUCUCCUGAGUCCCCGGAAGCCUGCCCACCUGCGGGAGGUGCCAGAGCAGCCUGAGGGUGCCAAGCUCGUCAUGCCAGAGCCUCUGCCUACCAUCCCUGAGGCGGCGCGGAAACUGGAGCCCUGCAUGGGCGGGAAGAAGCACAGCAAGGAGCGCAGUGUCUGCGUGAGUGCGCACCCUGACUCUAACCCUAACCUGCCCUACCUGCCCAAGGUGCAGCCAGCCCCUGUGCUCAGGCCUCAACCCCCCAAGGUGUGCCGGAGAGGCGUGGACCUGGGCUGCCCCAUGGUAGCCCUGUCGGUGCAGAGCACAGCAGAGAGCAGGUUCGGCUUCCGCUUCCUCUGCUGCCCACCCAUCACUGCGGACUUGAGCCUAUGGCGGGUGUAGACCAUGCAGGGAUCCAGCUGCAUCAUUUAUUGACCAAUGAGACUUACAAAGUA